AUGGCAGCCUCCGUGUAUAGCAUGUUGGUUGGUUCUGAAACCGGGUUAUUAAAGGGGAUAGACGUUAAUCGAUCGACAUGGAACAAUUUGAAUAGCGUCCAGUGUGCAGACAGAUCUAAGGAAAUAUUGGCUAUGUGUUGGGAGGGAUCGAGUCAACAGAAUCUUUACUAUGGUUUAAGAAAUAGGGAAAUUCACACCUUCGAUUUUGUAAACAAUGAGGAAAAGAUAGGAAGUCGCAUUGAAUUGUCAGGCGGAACUGGACCUUUGAAGGGCUUAUCUCGGAUAAAUGAUAACUACAUCACAGCAGUAGAGUCAGGAUUGGUCAAAGUUUGGAAUGGAAAGUAUGAUGUAGAAUCGUUUGAAGCAGGUGAUAAACUAUGUUGCAUGGUUCACAAUACUCACAAUGAAAAUUUGAUCGCAGCUGGUGGAGACGAAAAUGAUUUAAAAAUAUGGGAUUUGCAGAAUCUACAGAAACCAAUAUUUAUGGCUAAAAAUGUUAGGAAUGAUUGGUUGAAUCUCCGUGUUCCUGUUAAAGUUCUGGGUGCUCAAUUUGUACCAAAUAGUCAAGAAAUUGUGACUUGUACUGGUUAUCAUCAAGUACGUUUGUAUGAUCCACGUACACCACAGCGUCGACCUGUAGUUGACAUGUCAUUUGACGAGUAUCCAUUAAUGGCAAUUGGAAUAUGCCACACACAGUCUGAUCAGGUUGUGGUGGGAAACACUCAAGGUAAAACAGCCUUGCUAGAUUUCAGAAAAGGUCGAGUCGUACAUAAAUAUAAAGGAUUUGCAGGUUCUGUGCGCAGUAUCCAGUGUCAUCCAACUAUGCCUCUAGUUGUUACUUGUGGACUUGAUAGAUUUGUUCGAAUACAUCAUAUUGUUUCAAGGGAACUAAUGCACAAAUUUUAUUUGAAGUCAAGACUGAAUUGCUUACUUUUACAUAAAAAUUGGAAAUGUGAAAGUUUAGAUGAAGGUAUUGAUAUGACUGAGGAUGAUGGGGUGAAUGAGACAAAAGUCGAGAACGAGACAAUGACAGCUGAAGAUGAUUUAGAAGAAGAUAUUUGGAAUCAAUUGGAAGUGGUGACACCGAGAGGUAAUAAUUACAAAUCUAAAAGGAAAGAUUAUAAGGACAAAAUUAAGAAUUUUAUGAUGAGAAAUAAACAAUGGUAAUUCUUCAGUACACAGGAAAGCAAAAUGGUCUCUUAAUGAUCUAUAUAUUUCUAGAUAGUACCUGUAUAAAAAGCUUUUUUGAGCAGCAUUUAGUAAUUGGGCACUACAUAUCUGGACACAAAUAUAUGGAUAACAAUUACGUUAACAAAUAUAUUUUGACGUUUCAACCAUGUUGGCAAUUUAUUCAAAUGUUAAUCAUAUCAAAUUGUUUCCAGUUACAGUAUAAAAAUCAUCAUUUUAACAUAUUUCACAAAAACUGAAUAUUUUUCUAAAAAUAUUCAAGCCUAGAGUAUC